UGUCAUCAUGUGUAAAGGGAAUAAUAGUGCAGCUCUGCGGAUCCGAUCAGAUACAGGAAAACAGGAGAAGAGAAGGAACUUCAGAAAAGUUUAUUACGUAAAAACAUCGUAGGCAACGAUAUCAUUUCAAUCAUGAAUAAGAAACAGACUAUUAAUUUUGGAGCGGGACCGGCGAAACUUCCAGAGUCGGUUUUAUUCAAAGCACAAAAAGAGCUGCUGGAUUACAGUGGCAUUGGAAUAAGCAUUCUUGAGAUGAGCCACAGAUCGUCCGAUUUCACCAAGAUUUUGAAAGCUGCUGAAAAUCUUCUGCGUGAACUUUUGAAUGUACCUGAAAACUAUAAGAUACUGUUCUUGCAAGGUGGUGGCUCAGGACAGUUCAGCGCAGUUCCUCUAAAUCUGAUUGGCCUGAAUGAGGACAGGUGUGCUGAUUAUCUGGUGACGGGUGCUUGGUCCGCAAAGGCAGCCAUAGAGGCAGAGAAGUAUGGAAAAGUUAACGUGAUCCAUCCAAAACUGGAUAGUUAUACCAAGAUUCCUGACACUAGCACUUGGUCAUUGAAUCCUUCAGCAUCAUACUUCUACUACUGCUGCAAUGAAACUGUGCAUGGUGUUGAGUUUAACUUCAUCCCUGACACUAAAGGAGUGGUUCUCAUCUGUGAUAUGUCAUCCAACUUCCUCUCACGACCAGUAGAUGUCUCAAAGUUUGGUUUGAUAUUUGCUGGUGCACAGAAGAAUGUUGGUUGUGCUGGUGUGACAGUUGUGAUUGUAAGAGAGGAUUUGUUGGGCAAAGCUUUGAAGGAAUGCCCAAUAACACUGGACUACCAGGUACAGGCCAGCAAUGACUCCCUCUACAACACUCCACCAUGCUUCAGUAUUUACAUCAUGGGUUUGGUACUGGAGUGGAUUAGGAACAAUGGAGGGGCAAAUGCCAUGGAACUACUAAGUAAACAGAAAUCUGCCAUGAUCUAUGACAUCAUCAACAGCUCCAAUGGAUUCUACACAUGCCCUGUUGAUGAGGCUUGUCGAAGCCGUAUGAACAUUCCCUUCCGCAUCAGAAAGAAGGAAGGAGAUGAAAGCCUUGAAAAGUUAUUUCUGGAUGGUGCCUCAAAACUUGGAAUGAUCUCACUGAAAGGACACAGGUCUGUGGGGGGUAUCAGAGCUUCCUUGUACAAUGCAGUGACUGUUGCAGAUGUGAAGGCUCUCGCCACAUAUAUGGAAGAAUUCCUAAGGGAUCACCAAUAGCCUGAAGGUUGUAAGCUUGUAGUAGUUUUUACUUGGAAGGGUUUCUCAAUUGUGACCUCAUUAGGCUAAAAUGAUACUAACAGCUAUCUGGAAAUUAUUGCAACAAGUUGUUGCAGUGAAACUAAAUAUAAUAGGAAAUCUUAUCCUUUACUCUUUCAUUUGAAUUACUAAUGGUUGUCAUUGUCAAGUCUAGUGUGCCUUAAUGCGUUAACACUGUAAUUCUAAAACAUUCCAUGUUUUACUGUUGAAAAUGUGUAUAUGUUAUUAGUGAAUGAAUGGACGGAAUGCUGUGAUAUAAGCAAAAUAAAAUAAAA